AUAUUAAUGAUGAUUAAAGUUUAGAUAUUACUAGAGCCAUGACUGAGAUGCAGUGUGCGCCGAAGACUCCAGGAGCAGCAGACAGCCGAGGGGUCGCCGCCUUAUUUCUCUUGUCGUGAUAUUUACUCACUGCAGUCAUGUUUAAAAAGUUUGAUGAGAAGGAGUCUGUGUCAGGCACCCAGCAGCUCAAGUCUUCUGUACAGAAGGGAAUACGCAACAGAUUGGUGGAGUCCUUCCCUUCACUUGGGGAUUACCUAGAGAAGAUACUGCCCAAGAAAGAUGCCUUUAGGAUUGUGAAAUGUCAUGAACACAUAGAGCUGUUGGUGCGCAGUGAUGGGGAGUUGCUGUUCUUCAGACAGAGGGAAGGCACCUGGAUGCCCACCUUAAAACUCCUACACAAAUAUCCCUUCAUGCUGCCCUGGAUGCAAGUAGACAAAGGUGCCAUCCGCUUCAUUCUCAGUGGUGCCAACAUCAUGUGCCGCGGAUUAACUUCCCCAGGAGCCAAGAUGUCAGAAGUGGCUCAAAGUACAGUGGUAGCAGUGAUGGCAGAAGGGAAGCAACAUGCUCUUUGUGUGGGUGUCACUUCUCUCUCCACACAGGACAUAGCCAAAACCAAUAAAGGGGUGGGCAUAGAGAACUGUCACUAUCUUAAUGAUGGAUUAUGGUACAUGAAGCCAGUAAAAUAAUUUUUGUCUUAAUUAGGUGAAUGUGAAAUGGCUGGGAGUCUUUUUUUAUCAUGCAUUUCAUAAAGUUCUAACGCCCUCAUGUGUCUUAUUAUUCUUUGUGAAAUCCGAGUUAUGUGUUGUGACACUAAUUACCUACCAUUAUUUCUCAUGUUGAAUAGAGUGGUGAUCUGUGGAAAGUAUUUAUUGUCUUGUUAGGUCUCUGUAAAAUGGACAUUAUUUUUUGGUCACACAUAUCUGUCUAGCUAUAUUGGUGCCAAGACAGGUAAAGAGGCCAGUUUGAAAAUUAAAUUUUCUUACCAGAGUUUUUAAUUACUAUUUGUGCAAUUUGGUUUUACCAGAAUAAAGAAUAUUCUGUACCAUCUUCAGGUAGGUAUAUAAUAUUUCUCUGUAGUACCCUGAAAUUAACACUACCCCUACAGAUGAAGGUCAUUUCUGUUUGUCAUGUGAAACUAAGCUGUGAUGGCAAGCCAUGGCUGUGCACUAGAAUUUCUCUUGGAAAGUGUAUGGUUUUGUCAUAGGAGUGACAAAGGACAUGAAACAUGUUCUUAGUCACUAUAAUGGUGAUGGUGUGAAGUCCUAGAAUAUGAAAAUUUGAUUUAAAAUAUUUCCUAUAAAACACUACCUGAGUAAAUAUAGCUUUCGAAAUUAACUACAGUAAGAUGUCCUGAGUGUAUAAAUUCCUUCCAUGGAAGUGACCAACUGUUGUGCUACAUGCUGAAUAAAAUGUAUCUGUGCA